AUGGCGGACUCGAAGGAGGAAGAGAAGGAAGAGCAGGCGCGCAAGGCUCACGCGCUCGCCGAGAAGUGCUUCCUCGCCGGCAACGUCUUGGCCGCCAGGCAGUGGAUGCAGUCCGCGGUCAGGCUGGCGCCGGACCUCCCCGGCACGCCGCAGAUCGUAGCGGCCUACGACGUCCACGCGGCGGCGGCCCGGAGCAGCCCCACCGACUGGUACGCCGUGCUGGGCCUAAAUCCCGGUGGCGGCGGCGUCACCCACGACGACAUAAGGAAGCAGCACCGGCGGCUCUGCCUCCUCGUGCACCCCGACAAGAACCCCUGCGCCGCGGCCGACGGUGCGUUCAUGCUCGUCCAGGCCGCCUCGCACGCGCUCUUGGCCAAGCACCCUCCUCCUGGCACCGCGGCGCCGCCGCCGCAGCGCCAGGCCACGCCACCGACUCCGAGGGCGCCGGAGCCGCAACCGAGGCCGCGGCGGCCUCAGGUCGUGCAGAUGGCUCGGAGACCGGCACCGCCGCCGACGCCGAGGCCUGCGGCGCCGAUGCCACCGACCUACUCGCAGCAAGCCAAGCAAGCGAAGCCGAUGCAGAGGGGCAGGCGGAGGAGGGUUUCGACGCCUCCGAUUCCCCAGUUCACUUCAGAUCACGGACAAGUGCCCGGUCUGCGGCGCACGGGUCAACAACGGCGGCGGGAGCCAUUACCGGUGCAUCAACUGCCAGUGGAGUCCGCUGGACGGCAGACAUGA